UAUUGCUUUGCUUUACCUCCUCCCUUUCUUACAAAACAACAAUGUAGGGGUUAAAGUAGCAGCGCAAAGUCCUGUACAAAUGACUGACGUAAUAAUAAGAUUUGCACUCCAGCCUGCAGCGUCUGUUAAAUUCAAAGCAGAAAACCAAACAUGGCAUCUUCCAUGAGGAGCUUGUUUUCUGACCACAACAGAUACGUUGAAUCUUUCCGGAGGUUUCUCAACAGUUCCACGGAGCACCAGUGCAUGCAGGAAUUCAUGGACAAGAAGCUGCCAGGCAUAAUAGCAAGGUAACAAAAAAAGGACGUUUUUGUCAAAGAGACAAGCCUCGGGCUC